ACUACAGUCUACAGUCACUGUAGUACAGCGUGCGUGAUUUCUUAUAAAAGGUUUGUUUUUAUUUCAUCUUGGAUCACUGUGAUGAUUCGUAUAGAGGUGUUUAUAGUGCAAUACCCACUAGUGUACGCAAGAUUUUACUGAGAUAAUACAAAAAGUAGAUUUCAUAUUUUUACAAAAUUGCCUCGUAUAUCGAAAUGUCUGCACCUUGUCUUGAAGCAACAAAGGAGGCCAAAGAAAAACAAGAUCGAGUAUCAUCAGAGCAAAGCAUUGCAAAGAGAUCAGUUGAGACAAGUUUGCAAACAUCCUGUUCAAAAAGAGACCGUGAAACAAAUGAUAAAAGUUAUACGCAAUCUAGAAAAGAAAGAAAGCAUUCUCCAGGUCCAGAAUCAUCUAAGGUAGCGAAACGCUAUAAAGGACAAAAUCCUAGUAAUACUCCCUCCGAUUUAUCUUCUGGUAGCAGUAGAGGAAAGAAAGAACCAUCUAAAACAGAAUUGCAAAAUGAUAAUACACAAUUAGUUGCAGAACAUUAUAACUCACUAGAAGAAAAAGGUUUUCAAAUCAGAAAUCAAAGCCGUAUCUUAUAUAUGAGAAAUUUUAAUAAUUGGAUCAAAAGCAUGCUUAUAUCUGAAUAUCUUGAUAAGAUAAAACAGGACAAAGGACAUGGAACUUCUUUAAAUGUAUUAGAUAUGUGUUGUGGAAAGGGAGGAGAUCUACUUAAAUGGAAGAAAGGAAAUGUAACACGUGUGAUUUGUGUCGAUUUGGCUUCAAUAUCUGUUGAACAAUGUCGGCAUCGAUACAAUGAAUUAGUAAACAAAAGUUCUAAUGAAUGGAAAUUUGAUCCUAUCUUCAGUGCUGAAUUUAUAGUGGCUGAUUGUACGAAGGUUCAAUUAAGGGAAAAAUUUGAAGAUUCCAGUAUGCAACUCGAUUUGGUGAGCUGCCAAUUUGCAUUCCAUUAUAGCUUUGAAUCAUUACAACAAGCAGAAUGUAUGAUGAAAAAUGCUAGUGAAUGUCUUAGGACAGGAGGUUAUUUUAUUGGGACUAUUCCAGAUGCAUAUGAUCUAGUUUCUAGGUGGCAAAAAUGUAACAGUAAUACAUUUGGAAAUGAUGUUUAUACCAUAGAAUUUCUAUGUGACAAAGUAAAAACACCACUUUUUGGAGCUAAAUACAAAUUUUCCCUAGAAGGUGUUGUUGAUUGCCCAGAAUUUCUUGUUCAUUUACCUACUCUUUGUAAAUUAGCUUCAAGAUUUGGUUUAGAGUUAGUGAUGUUUGAAAGAUUUGAAAACUAUUAUGAACGUAUGAAAGACGAAGGUAAAUCAUUACUUGGUAAAAUGCAAGCUUUAGAAACUUAUCCACCGUUUCAUGGAGUACCACUUCUUGGUCAACCUGGACAAGAUUAUCAACAUGCUAUACAGUAUAUGCAAAAUCUACCAGAUCAUCGUAAAAUUGGUACCCUGUCUAAAGCAGAAUGGGAAGUUACUUCAUUGUAUGCUGUAUUCGCGUUCCAAAAAAUGAAAAUGCUGAGGAAUAGCGAAGGAAAACCAGAAUAUGUAAAAUUAUAAGAAUUAGGAGCUCAUUAGCAAUUAAAAAUUAGGAAUAGUCUAGAAAUUACGAGUUUGAAAAAAUUAUGAUCAUUGACUUUAUAUUGUACAAACUAGUCUGUUACUAUAGAAUUACAUACAUUUGUAACUAUAGUAUACAGUCAGUGAUAUUUUAUAUAAUCUUUUUUUAAUGAGUUUCAACGA